AUGAAGUCCUUCUUCAAGAAACCAUCCAAACACCCACAUCCUAACGAAGACGACACCUAUUACUCAUCAGAGGUCUCUUCGCCGACCAAAUCCCCCACCAAGAGUAGUUCACGGUCGCCUAGCAAAAAUUCUACUGCACAACCAUCCCCCACAAGAAAGGAUCCCUCAAAGUCUCGGUCCUCAUCCACCAGGGCCUUUGUGCGUCAGUCAACUGAUCCAGGCCAUUCGUCAUCAACGCGCCGCAAGAAAACCGAGCUCAACACCCAUCCCCUCAAUCUCCCGGAAGAGGAGAGGAAACGUCUUUCCUCCUCCGCCCUCUCAAGCAUGAGCGAACCGAGCGCCAUGGAUAUCGACGAGCCCUCCACUGGCGCUACCGCCUCCUCCCCUCCUACUCCUCCUCAUCAGUCGCCCCCUCAGCCGCAGCCUCAGGCUUCCUUCUCUGUCCCAAUUACCAAUGGCACAAAAGAUGUCAACGGGGACGACUCGGCUCCCCCAGUACCGCCUCCUCACCGAUCCACCCCCACGAGCCCGACUCCGACAAAGGCUGAAGAAGCCGAGACCUACAAAGCGGCUGGCAACAAGUUCUUCAAGGAGAAGAAUUACGCUGAUGCCAUAAGGCAGUACGACAAGGCUAUCGAUCUCGUGCCCAACUCCUCCACCUACCUCAGCAACAGGGCUGCCGCUUACAUGUCCAAUGGCCAAUACGAUGCCGCACUGAAAGACUGUACCCGAGCCGCUGACUUGGACCCCCAGAAUCCCAAGAUUCUAAUGCGUCUAGCCCGUAUCUUUGUGUCUCUAGGUCUGCCCGAGGAUGCCCUUGUUACCUUUAAUCGAAUCCACCCCUCCCCCGCAGCGAGAGACGUUGCCCCCGCCAAAGAAAUGCUGCACCACAUGCGCGCCGCGCAGGAAGCCCUUCGAAGCGAGUCUAAGGGAUCCAUGGUACUGCACGCCCUCAACCAAGCUGAGCGACUGCUGGGCGCGGGCGCAUCCAAGCCUCGAAAGUGGCAGUUAAUGCGAGGGGAGGCUUAUCUCAAGAUGGGCGAUCCGACGUCGCUCGCCGAAGCUCAGAACAUUGCCAUGUCCCUUCUUCGGUUCAACAGCCAGGAUCCGGAGGCUCUUGUUCUCCGAGGACGGAUCCUCUACACUUCCGGGGAGAAUGACAAGGCCAUCAGCCACUUCCGAAAAGCUCUUGCUUGUGAUCCCGAUUUCAGAGACGCCAUCAAGUACCUCCGCAUCGUCCAGAAGCUUGACCGUAUGAAGGACGAGGGCAACAAGGAGUACAAGGCAGGGCGGUGGCAGGAAGCCAUCAGGCUGUACACUGACGCUCUGGAGAUUGAUCCGGCCAACCGGGGCACCAAUUCUAAGCUCCUGCAGAACAGGGCCAUGUGCCGGAUCAAGUUAAAGGAAUACGAGUCUGCCGUCGCCGACUGUGAGAGUGCAGUCAAGCUUGACCCCAAGUACAUUAGGGCGCACAAGACCCUGGCCAAUGCACUGGGCCUUGCCGGAAAGUGGGAGGACUCCGUCCGUCAAUGGAAGGCAGUUCACGACCUUGAGCCCGAGGAUAGGUCCAUCUUGAAGGAGAUCCGCAACGCCGAGAUCGAGUUGAAGAAGAGCCAACGCAAGGAUUACUACAAGAUCCUGGGCGUUGAGAAGGAUGCGGAUGAGGCUGCUAUCAAAAAGGCUUACCGAAAGCUCGCCAUUGUCCACCAUCCCGACAAGAACCAAGGCAACAAAGAGGCCGAGGAGAGAUUCAAGGACAUUUCCGAAGCCUAUGAUACCCUCAGCAAUCCUCAGAAGCGUGCCCAAUACGACAACGGCGACGACCUUGCUGACAUGUCGGACAUGUUCGGCGGAGGCGGUGGCAUGGGGAACAUAGACCCGGAAAUCUUGUUCAGCAUGAUGGGCGGCGGCGGCGGCGGGUAUGGGGGUGGCGGGUUUGGUGGUGGCAUGGGCGACACGGAAGAUGAAGAGGACGACGAGUUCGAGUUCGAGGAUGAUGAUGAACAUGAGGAAGAAGCAGAGGAUGAAGGUGACGUAGAGGAAAAUCCACAUGCAGGUCGACAACAAUCGCCAAGGGGUUAUCAGUCCAUGAGGAGCAAGCUAGACGACCACAUCCGAGCACGGCAGGACGACCGGGACGCCCUCGUCGACCACCUACGGUACGUCGGCGCAUGGCUCGUCGCCGCCUUCGUCCUUCUCCCUCCUCACCUCGCCGUCCUGGUAGCAUUGGCUGGAGCAAUCCUGUAUAUCUGCAUCCAACGGCCCCAGCAGCCUUGGCAUUAG